AUGAAGAGCUUCAUCUUGAUAACAGCCUUUCUUCUCUGCAGCUUCAGCUGGGUCUCUGUCUCAGUUUCUGAGUCUCAGACUGUGGAGGUCCAGCCUGGUGAUGAAGUCACACUGCUGUGCUCCAACAUCUCUGCAAGUUCAACUACGGCAGAGUGGUUCAGAGUGGUCAACAGAAACAAAGCCAGCUGUAUCUCCUCUAUGUACGGGUCUGAUGGGAAUCCUAAAUUCUGUGAUGGAUUCAAAAAUGGAAAAUUCAAUAUGAGUUCCAACAUCUCUACUGUCUUUCUUAAAAUCACACAAGUGGAUUCAUCCGACUCUGGACUGUAUUUGUGUGGAAUUGACGUGUUUGGAAAGACAAUACUUAAAGAAAUACACUUAAAUGUUCAUGAAGAGUCCGAUGAACAUACAAGGCUGAUGAGUGUGAUCCUGGGUGGUCUGGCUGUUUUCCUCCUAAUGGUCAUCAUCGGUCUGGUUGUUAAAAUCAUGAAGUUUCAAACAGGCUGGGUCUCUGUCUCGGUUUCUGAGUCUAAUGGCCAUGCUCAAUUCUGCACUGGAUUCAAAAAUGGGAAAUUCAAAAUGAGUUCCAACAUCUCUACUGUCUUUCUUAAAAUCACACAAGUAGAAAUAUCUGACUCUGGACUGUAUUUGUGGGGAUUUUACUCGGAUGGGAACACAACACUUAAAGGAAUACACUUAAACGUUCAAGAAAAGUUCUACGAACAAACACAACUGACGAUUGUGAUCCUGAGUGGUCUGACUCUUUUCCUCCAAAUGGUCAUCAUCGGUAUGGUUGUCAAAAUCAUGAAGCUUCAGACAGCUUCUAAUGAAGAGCAAACUACACCACAUAGAGAGCUUUGUCAGAUGAGUGACUGUAGAGACUUCCAUUUGCAGAAUCUGGACUCUGAUAACCUGAACUACGCAGCACUGAGUUUCAAACCAAAGCCAAAAAGAAACCGAAGACCUGUAUCAGUAGAGCCAAAUGUGAUUUAUGCCGCCACCAAAUAGACUCUAGAAGCACCUGGAACUGAGGCUUGGAGGAUAACUUGUUCCAGUAAAUCACUCUGCUGUUGCGUUG